AUGAUGCAGCAGCAGCAGGACGAGUCCAACUCUCCAGUCUCGCCCGCCGACGAAAGCUUGAGCAACAGCGAAGAGGAGACCGAUCGCCAGCAGCAACAGCAGCAACAGCAGCAGCAACUUCAAGGCGCCGGCAAACGAGGGGGACGGAAGAGGCGCUCAAGCCGUAGGGCGGCUGCAGGAGGAGGAGGCCCCGGAGGCGGCGGCGGAGUGACCGGCGGAGGGCUCGGCUCGACAGAGGAGCCGUGUAGCCCGGCGCAAGGCAAAAGAGGCAAGAAGUCGGGCGGCGGCGGCAGCAGCGGCGGCGGCGGAGGAGGAGGGGGCAGCAGCAGCGGAGGAGGCAGCCCUCAGUCGUACGAGGAGCUUCAAACGCAGCGAGUGAUGGCCAACGUCCGCGAGCGCCAGCGCACGCAGUCGCUGAACGAAGCCUUCGCGGCUCUGCGCAAGAUCAUCCCGACGCUGCCGUCGGACAAGCUGAGCAAGAUCCAGACCCUCAAGCUGGCCGCCCGCUACAUCGACUUCCUCUACCAGGUUCUGCAGAGUGAUGAGCUCGACUCCAAGAUGGCCAGCUGCAGCUAUGUGGCCCACGAGCGCCUCAGCUACGCCUUCUCCGUUUGGCGCAUGGAAGGCGCCUGGUCCAUGUCUGCCUCCCACUAGCGUCCUGUGCAGCCUGGCGUGCCUGGAGACUUUAGAUAACAUUGUUCUCAAAGGGAAGGAGAGAAAAUGGACAAAGUAGAGACUCUGCACUUGGAUUCGCCCUCAUUCCACCUCCCGGGGUUAUUUCCUCCCUUCUCAGACUAUAGCACGCCAAGGAUUUUCUUGGAAAUGUAGACCCGUUCUUGGUCCAGGUUGCAAAGAGCAGGGCGUGGGGAGAGCAAUUGAGGCAAGAGACCUAGAGCCCCUCAGACGGUGAGGUGGCUGAUCCAGAGUGAAGGCUGGAUGAUCUACC